UUUUAUCUAAACACGACUUCAACCUUGAAAUCAUGAAGGCUGUGAAAUGUCAAAAGCAAAAAUAAAUAAGAAAUGAUGAUCUUAAACGUACUCUAAUUAAUUCUUUUAUUUAUUUAUCUAUUUUUUAAGACAACCAACUAUAAUUAGUAUGUAUAUUAGAAAAUUAACGUUGUGGUUAGUGUUUAUAUUUUACUGGUGCAAUGGUGAUAGUUUCGACGUUGAAUCUGCUCAAAAAGUUGGAUCUGAUGGGAAUAGUAAUCCAAAUGUGAAAGAAAACUUAAAGAGUACUUAUUCUGUACUUAGCCAAACAAUUUCUAAGGCCGUUUUAAAUGAAAAUUUACCGCAGGAGACCUGCAGUAGCGAUGAUCUUUCGUGUUUCGGCAUGGAUACGCAAGACAAAUUGGGCCUCGAGGCAAUCCAAGCUUUGCAUCACCAAUUAGAUGAUGAUCGCAAUGGAAAUGUAGAUCUCACUGAAACGGAUGACUUCCUACGCGAAGAACUUCAAUAUAAUUCAGGAUAUGAGAGAAGACAGAAAGCAUUUCAUCGAAACGAUGAUAUGCAUAUCUCUGUUAAGGAACUGUGGGAGGCAUGGUUACGAUCUGAGGUCCACAAUUGGACAUCACAGCAGACUUCAGAGUGGCUUGCCAUUAACGUUGAGCUGCCUCAAUAUGUCAAUAACUUUCUUCAAUACAACAUUAAUGGAGCCAUGCUUCCAAGGUUAGCCGUUAAUAACAUGCAGUUAUUGAAUAACCUUGGAAUAAAAGAUCCGAUUCAUAAACAAAAAAUAGCCCUGAAAGCGAUGGAUGUGGUGCUAUUUGGACCACCUAAAGAUCACCAGCCGCAUUGGAAAGAUCUAACACUAAUUGUUUUAAUAAUCGGCGGCAGUAUUGGGAUGUGGUAUGCGGUGCAGCAGAACAAAAAGUUUAAGAGUCACUUGACGCGUAUGAACAAAGAUAUGGAAGGCUUGCAACACGCGGAGAGUGCACUUGAAAAUUUGCAGCGCGAACUCGAACGGGCCGUCGAGGCGCGCGAAAACGUCGUUUCCGAAAAGCAAAAUUUGGAGAAGAAGCUGCAGGAGGCGGGCGCGGACUCUUUAGGAUUACAUAAUUCGUACUCGGACUUGGAAGUUUCUCAACUUAAAGCAGAGAUCGAGAUGUUGAGGCACGAACUUCAAAUUGCCGAAGGAGAGCUGAAGGAUCGGUGCUGGUCACCGCCGGUCGGUUUGCAGCACUGGCUGCAGCUCACACACGAAAUCGAAAAUAAAGCGUAUAUCAAAAAGAAGAUGGUUGCAGAGAAGCAAUUGCAGCAGGCGAGGGAAGCCUGUGAGAAGCUUCGUAAGAAACGCUCUAGUUUGGUAGGUGCUUUUGUGUCCACCCAUGGAAAGUCCAUUGACGAUGUCGAUCGUAGUAUAGUAGAGGCUAGAACGUCACUAAACGAAGUCACGCAGGAAUUGCAGGAACGAGUGUAUCGUUGGAAGCAAGUCGAGUUACUGUGUGGUUUCAAUAUAAUUAGUAAUAGUGGACUACAGCAAUUAGAAAAUAUGUUGUAUAGGAAUACUAAUUUAAAUGGUCGACCGAUGACCGGUCUUAAAGGGCGAAUGAGUAGCAGCCAGGAUGACUUGGAUGAUGAUACUUGUUCGUUGUACACUGUAGCUUCAGCGUUCGUCAAUAAGCUUGAACUGGUGAAAUUUGGAAACGUCCCGCAUUUUAGAGGUCUUGUGUCCUCUAAUCAACUUAAAUUAUUGCGGUAAACUUCAAAGAUUGGGAGGACAAUUAGUGUUUGCAGUUUUUAUCUUAUUUUUUUUACCAUUUUUAUAAAUAAAUCUAGAGUUUCAGUAUUACAAUACAUACAUUUUUGAAUGGUAACUAGAUUACUGAGUACCAUGAUUUUUGAUUGAAAAAUUGAGCCAAUUAUUGAACAAAAUAAAAUAUAGGGAUCUAAAAUUAUUAUAUAGGGCAGCAAUUCAUAGAUUUCUGAAGUUUGUUCAUAAGAGGUACUAAACACACAGUUUCAUCUGUAAUAUUUUGAGUUUUAUGUGCAGCUUCUGAUGAUGCAAAUGUAAUGUAUACAUUGUUUAGAAAUUUUUUACUUAAAUUUUUUGUUUUGAUUUUUUUUUGUGACCAAAUCGAAAAUGCUUGUUCAUUUCCUUUACUAUGACUUUUGUUUGUGUAUUUAAAUCAUAUUAAAUAAAGAAUCUUUAGUUUCGAUUAUUGUCUUACGUUUAUCGUAUACCUAGGUUAUAGAAAAUAGUUUUUUUGACUAUGCCAAUUUGGUUAAUUAGGCUAAAAGUUGAGCGUGUGUAUCCAAUUUAUCUUUCUUCCUUUGACCAUAUAACCCAGAACUGCCAGCGCUUUAUACAGCUCGCUAUACAAAUGUCCAUGCCCAUCAUGUUUUUUUUAACCAACUUUAUCAUUAAGUCUUAUUAUUGCCACAAUUGCUUCCAGCAAGGUGACUUCAUGGUCACACUGUAAUAGUGAACGUUUGUAGCGCCAUCGUGGGGUAUGAGCAAAGUACGAACUAACUAGACGGCGCUAAAUAUAAAAUUUGCAGUGAUAAAUUCUGUGUAAUAGGAAUUCGCGAUUGCGUCAUAUCUAGGUUAUCUCUCUUUAAUACUCGCAAGUUGGAAGUGGCAUGUCGAGUCAUAUGUCACUUAUAAACCUAACCAAAAAUGAAUGAAGUUUGACAGUUCAAUGAUGUAGCUCAUAAUUAAGCGUCAUCUUUGUCUUUGUUAUAACGAUAGAGUCAAAUAACAAAAUUAAAAAAUAUGUGACAUACCUUAAAUCUAACAAAACGUAAAAAGUUGACGUAACAGCCAGUUCCUAUUAUACACUUAUUUUAUGUCCUAUUCUUAUACCUUAUUGUUGCUCAGAUAGUUUCGAAAAUACCAAUUCGUAUGUUAAUAUGCAAUUACAAUUGUAAAAUUAAUUUGCGUACAAAUGACCCUUUAUCUGACUCUCUACAGUCAUGGUAGUAUGUAUUCGAAGUUUUCUUCUUUUUCCCAUGUUUUAUCUUUAUGUAUACUUUAAAAAAAUUUACUCAGAAGUGGGAUAUUGAGGAUAGAUUAUUUUUCGUUUUGGGCAGAGGGAGUACAAAUCGAGCAACACAAAUAUACAUGAACUCUUAAGUUGUUCUCACUAGAAUGUGGCAGCAUGAUUCCAUUUGGCAGCUAGCCAUGUGAGGCUGACCUUUUGUCAUUGUGAUUGGCAGUUAUACCAGUGGCAUAGAAAUUGCAGUACUUAAAUCUACUCUCUCUACUACACAAGAUUGUCCCUAUGUCAGUAGGUUGUUCAUUCUCGAUGUUUGCCGCUAAACUAUCGCAUAGUAAUUUAUAAUUCAGAAGGAAAGAGUUAAUACCUAAUACGGGUUUUUAACAGCAACAAACGAUGAGACUGGCACAAUCUUUUGUACGACAGUAAAGCUAAUAACACUGUAUAUGAUUUUCAGUUUUUUAUCCGUUUGUUGGUCUACUACAUGGUCUAUUCCUUACAGUACAUUACCAGAUGGUCUAAUUGAACAUGAUAUAUUUUUUUAACACUGGGUGGAAUGAAAGCGUGCAUUCUUUAAGAAUUCAGUGUCUCAUGCAAUAGAAUUAGUAACAUUUGUGGUCAAGUUACCCGCUGCCAAGCGAUAACAUAAUAAUAUAGUCAGUGGACACAAAAGUUAAGUUGAUAUUACCUUAUAUUUGUAAGACUGAACACGGAAGAGAAUUUCUUUUCUAGCUACGAAACAAUGCCACCCACCACAAAUAUUCUUACACUUAAUUUUUCUGUUGGCAAAGUACUGCUUAGACUUCCAUUGUUAAAAUGUUGGAUGUAGUUUGAAUAGAAAUUCGAUACCUAUUACUAUUUUUCUUAGGUUUUUUUAAUGUUUUAUUAACUUAAACUGGUGUACUUAACUUGUUCCUCUAAAGGUGAAUUGUGUUAAUAAAAUCCGGAAUCGUAGUGCAAUACGAAAUGUUACAAUUAGUUAAGAAUAUGUUAACGAUGUACAUUUAUUUAUUGAUUGAAUAUAUUUAUUUUGUGCAUGUUUUGUUACCGUAGAUUUUUAUUUUGUAGACACGGUCAGUUGUAAAGUUUUCUUAUGCAAUUAUACAAGUUAAACAUUA